AUGGCGGCAUCUACGUCUCGGCCCCUCGAGUACCUGGAAAGCCUGCCUGGUAUGACCUUUAACAAGCUGUAUCAACAGCCGUCUACUGCGCUUGCGAUUUUUCGGCGAAUGUUGCCUGACCUGGCAAAAUGCUUUGUGAUGGCACUUUUGUACCUGAAAGAUCCCCUACCGACCCACGACCUGGAACUCUGGGUGAAAGCAGAGAGCAAGAAGCAACGCGAUAAUGCCCUCUCUAUUUUGGGUCGCCUUCAUAUUCUUUCCAAGACUUUGACUUCCGAGAAUGUCAGCGCAUACAUGGUCACCAAUCCGUUCGCAUCCUCCCUUCGAAAAGCUCUCAUGGGCUCCGAAGACGCUCAGUCCUUUGGUGUCUUUUCUGUUGUCCAGAAUGAGCACCGUGUGUCGAUACCCGAAUUAGAUGAAUAUGCGCGUCGUCAAUGGGAAGGUGUAUUGGGCUACAUGGUUGGGACCAGUGCUCUCAGCGGCCAGCGCGACGUGAGCCUCAGCAAGGGUGUCAAGCAACUUCUUCAGGCUGGUCACCUCGUCGAGAUUCGCGAUCGACGAGUCGACAUCACCAAGGACGGCUUUGGCUUCGUCCUGCAGGAUGUCAAUACGCAAGUCUGGCAUAUCUUGAUCCUCUACGUUGAGAGUGCCGAGGCUAUUGGCAUGGACAGUGUUGAAGUUCUCUCGUUCUUGUUCCUGCUCAGUAGUUUGGAGCUGGGUCAAUCUUACGAGAAGAAAUAUCUGUCAUCUGUUCAGCUUCGGACGCUAGCUGACCUCGCCGAUUUUGGAAUUAUCUACCAAGAGUCGCCUGAAGCAACGCGAUUCUACCCCACGCGACUGGCGACCACACUGACCUCGGAUUCAAGCGCUCUGAGCAGUACGGUGGGUAGCUCCUUGAACGGCCCUGCCAGCCAGCCCGGCGCAUCCGGUGCUGGCUCCGGAUUCAUCGUCAUCGAAACCAACUAUCGCCUCUACGCAUACACCUCGUCGCCCCUGCAAAUUUCGCUCAUCUCCCUCUUCACUACCCUCAAGUAUCGCUUUCCGAAUCUCGUCACGGGUAAAGUCACCCGCCAGUCCGUACGCCGCGCCAUCGAUAUGGGCAUUACUGCGGAUCAAAUCAUCUCCUAUCUCCAUACACAUGCACAUCCUCAACUGCGUAAGCAUAAUGCCGGCCAUUCGACCUCGAACACCGCAGGUAUCCCACCGUCUAUUCUACCACCAACAGUCACGGAUCAGAUCCGACUGUGGCAGCUGGAACGCGACCGGCUCCGCGCUACUGCGGGCUUUCUCUUCAAGGAUUUCACGACAUUGCAAGAAUACCAAGCUCCCUGUCAAUAUGCGGCGGAAAUCGGUGUCUUGGUAUGGAAAUCCGAUCGCAAGCGCAUGUUCUUUGUGACCCGACACGAACAGGUUGCUGCAUUCCUCCGCAGCAAGAAGUAG